CAGCGGAAGUGAGUGUGCAGGUUGCUCUGACACUUCCGGUAGUGGCGGCCGGUGUUUCUUGCACGCUCUUUUUUUCCCUCACCUUUAUCCAGAUUUGUCUUCAUUCAGCGAAAUGAAGGACGUGACCGCCUUCCUCCAGCAGCAGCAGAGUCAGAGCUCAACGCCCGAGACGGCGGCAAUAUGGCACCGAAUGGAGGAGCUGUACAACAAGAAGCUCUGGCAUCAGUUGACUCUUCAGCUUCUGGAUUUUGUAGAGGAUCCUGAAUGUGCAAAAGGAGAUGGACUUAUCAAACUUUAUGAGAACUUCAUCAAUGAUUUCGAGCACAGAAUUAACCCUUUAUCUCUGGUUGAAAUAGUCCUCCAUGUGGUGCGGCAGAUGACAGAUCCCACCGUGGCUCUCAACUUUCUAGAGAAAACUCGGGAGAAGGUAAAAAGCAGUGAUGAGGCCGUGAUACUCUGCAGGACGGCCAUUGGAGCUUUAAAGCUGAACAUUGGAGACUUACAAGCCACCAAGGAAACAAUAGAAGCUGUGGACGAGAUGCUUGGAGGGUUGCCCGGUGUGACGUCUGUGCACAGCCGCUUCUAUGACCUGUCUAGCAAGUAUUAUCAGACAAUUGGAAACCAUGCCUCCUAUUAUAAAGAUGCUCUUCGAUACUUGGGUUGCACAGAACUAAAAGACCUGCCAGUGUCAGAACAGCAGGACAGAGCAUUCACUCUCGGCCUGGCUGGUUUGCUUGGAGAUGGGGUCUAUAACUUUGGAGAACUGCUGAUGCACCCAGUUUUGGAAUCCCUGCGUAGCUCUGAGCGAAAGUGGCUGAUAGACACCCUUUAUGCCUUCAACAGCGGCAACGUAGAGACCUUCAGAGCCUUGAAAACCGCCUGGGGACAACAGCCUGACCUGGCUGCCAAUGAAGAUCUUUUACUUAAGAAGAUUCAGCUGCUCUGUUUAAUGGAGAUGACAUUCACGCGGCCGGCAAAUCAUCGUCAGCUGACAUUCGAAGAGAUUGCAAAGAGUGCACAGGUCAACGUAAAUGAUGUGGAGCUUCUUGUCAUGAAGGCGUUAUCUGUGGGUUUGCUGCGGGGAAGCAUUGACGAAGUGGAUAAGAAAGUACACAUCACAUGGGUUCAGCCUCGGGUUCUUGAUUUGCAGCAGAUCAAAGGCAUGAAAGACCGCUUGGAGUUCUGGUGCACAGAUGUGAAGAGCAUGGAGAUGCUGGUAGAACAUCAAGCCCAUGACAUCCUGACGUAGAAUUCCUACCACUUUCCGUUCGGAGAUCGCACCAGUCCCUCCUCCAUCACCGUUUGCUGCUGCCUUAGUGAGCACAGUGUAGGGGUUAUAGCAGGACUCGUUUGGGAGGGAUUAAAGCUCCCACUGCCUGACACAUCUGACCUGUUCUCUGGUUUUAUCUAGAAGAUGCAGCCUCUUAUGUUAUGUUCUAGGGUUUGUGCCCGCCCUGAUAAUGGCAAUUCGCAAAUAAACCAAUUUCUGUAAACUCUUAACUGAUGUUCUGACGUCUUUUAGUUUACCAGUCAAAUCGUAAAAAAUAAAAAAAACUCACCUUU